UCUUCAGGAGAACAUCCAAGAUGGCCAGCAGGAAAGCCGGAACUAGAAGCAAAGCUGCUGCAAAGCGAGCUCAGAGAGGAUCCUCCAAUGUCUUCUCCAUGUUUGAGCAGUCACAGAUCCAGGAAUUCAAGGAGGCUUUCAGCUGCAUUGACCAGAAUCGUGAUGGCAUAAUUGGCAAAUCGGACUUGAGAGAGACAUAUGGUCAACUUGGGAAAAUGAAUGUGAAGGAUGAGGAGCUGGAAGAGAUGCUGAAGGAAGGGAAAGGGCCGAUUAACUUCACUGUCUUCUUAACACUGUUUGGGGAGAAAUUGAAUGGCACUGACCCAGAGGAAUCGAUCCUUGCUGCUUUCAAGCUCUUUGACCCCAAUGCAACGGGAUACGUGAACAAAGAUGAGUUUAAACAACUCCUGUUGACGCAGGCAGACAAGUUCUCUCCUGAGGAGGUAGAGCAAAUGUUUGCUGUUGCUCCUAUUGAUGUAGCUGGAAACAUUGACUACAAAUCCCUGUGUUACAUCAUCACGCAUGGAGAUGAGAAGGAAGACUGAAGAAUUGUGUGGGUGUGGUGACGAUGGCUACUGCAAGCAACGCAUUGCCCUGCUAAUGUUCCUGCAAUAAAUGACCUAGUGAGAA